GCAGGCAGUCGCUCGCGGACGUCUGGAGUUCCGGUUCGUGUGUGGCUUCCUGGCCCUCCGGGCAUGGUGGGUAUGUCGCUGUGGGCGUCCCCCAGCCGCGACGUGUGCAAUCCGAAGGGCCACGACGAAGAACGCCGCCCCCCCUCCGGCUCGAAGGCGUUCGCCAGGAGGCUGGCUGCAUGCAGGGAUCCAGUCGAUUUCGUCGUCUUUGCCAACCGCACCUUUGACGUCGUGAAGCCGGCGCGCUGCGCACAGACCCGAGCGAGUGCAAGCGAAGACCCGAUGCGCCUGAGCGUGUUCUGGACGGUGGGCCCAGGGCUCUACUCGGACGAGGUGAUUCGCGAGCAACUGGCGCUGCUGGACUCGUCCGGCCUGGCUGCCAGAGCGCAGGCACUGAGAGUCGGCGCGCACGACUACUACGGGGCCUCGUGGCAGGACGACGUCGGCCGAGAUCUGCGGCAGAACGCCAGCAGGGCUUACCCGUGGUCUCCCAAGCUCCAGGCCAUCAGGCUCGGCUCUGCUUCGGAGGCAUGGUGGAGCCAACAGGAGAAGUUCUUCGAGUUUUAUACGCUGGAGGGGCUCUGGUCGCACUGUCAGCAGGCUCGGCAGCCUGACAAGGAGGCUGUGCUGUACAUUCACACCAAAGGCAGCACCAACGGUAAAUCUGCGUGGCGGCACAUCAUGUCGCAUUUCACCGUCCAGCAUUUCCAGGAUUGCGUCGACCAGCUCCAGUGCGGCGCUAGCACAUGUGGAUCAAACUUAGCGAACCCUCUUGGCAAGGCAAAGUGGAACUUCCCACACUACAGCGGCAACUUCUUUUGGGCGCGGUGCGACUACAUUCGUUUGCUUCCCAAUCCGCAGCCGAAAAGCAGUGAUUUGAGCUUAGCAGGUGGCGGUUGCCCCUAUGGGGACCCACCCACUGGACGAUACUUGGCUGAAUGGUGGCUCAUGGGGAGCAACAGAGACUAUACCCAAACUCGUGUCUACAAGAACUGCUGGGGAUCUCAGUCCUCGGUGCGGUUCUGCAGAGAUGCGCCUUUCAAGGACGUUCCACGUUGUGCUGCAUCGAGCUGAAGAAGGACCCCUUCAUGACCGUGAGUGCAUGGCGCCAUCCAGAUUCCGAUAUGUGAGUGAAGUGGCGCAGGAGGUCAGAUAUUGUGAUCGCCGAGUUCGUCGGCCGUGCACGCCAUCUUCAGCCGCUUGUUCACCCGCCAGCCACGGACAGGUCAACGUACGACGGUGGGCUGUUCGUUUCAGUGUCUCUCAGCCGGAAGCCGUCGACAUUCCGUAGUGCCCCACGAGUGCAUCCAUGCUUCACCUACGCGUAGAUGUGUUUCGUGUGCCAAUCCAGGCCGCACAUGCACGAUUACUAUUCGUGCGGCCGCCCAGCAACGCCGAUAUCAUACCAAUGGGAACGAUGGGAAGUUGGUCAUGCCAAGUCUGAUGCGUUGCGUGGGCCAGCAGUGCCUGAGGUGUUCCUUCGUAGGUGAGAGGCGCGCGUCACGAGGCAGAGAAGCUCCCUCUCAUGGCACAAGUGGAAUCAUGCCUCCUCGUUCCAUCUUGCCCUUCUCAUCCCCCAGCUUCCUACGUGGCGGUGGGCGCAUUGUCCUGCUUCCUCAUUGCCCCCGUCGCCCAUUCCCUCGCGAUGCGACCGGCACGAUCCCACGCAGACUCCUUACCGCGAGAGAUGUUCUGGGUAACAGCACGUGCCUGCGAAGCUCCUCAGCCCCAGCGGUUUCGAUCGCAGCUUUCCGUUUAGCCUAUCUGGCACGGAUCAGCAAAUCAAUCUUUCUGGCC